AUGCCUCCACCACCGCCCACCAGUACCCCUACCACAGCCACCUUCCCAACCAUGCCUCCACCACCUCUACCACCGCCCACCAGUACCCCCACCACAGCCACCUUCCCAACCAUGCCUCCACCACCUCUACCACCGCCCACCAGUACCCCCACCACAGCCACCUUCCCAUCCAUGCCUCCAGCACCACUCCCACCGCCCACCAGUACCCCGGCCACAGCCACCCUCCCAUCCAUGCCUCCACCACCGCUACCACCGCCUACCAGUACCCCGGUCACCAACACCCUCGCAACCAAGCCUCCAGCACCACAACCACCACCCACAAGUACCCCUGCCACAGCCACCCUCCCAUCCAUGCCUCCACCACCAAUACCACCGCUCUACAAGACCUCCACCACCUCCCCACAGCCUCCCACGUCCUAA